AACGAAUGCCAACAAAUUCGCUGCAUGAUAAACAUUCACGGCUUGAAAACGUGUUGAACUCCAUUUUCUCGUCUCUCGCUUGCUUCUGCUUUUUGCUGCUGCUGUGAGGAAGACCGGGUCUUCAUUCUCUUCUCAGAGCAAACGCCCGCUUUGUUAUUCAUUCAGCUAUGCUUGCUUCACAAUUCGGCUUGGUCUGGCGUACGUCACCCGGUCUAGCUCCUCCACUUUGCCUUCGUCUUCAUUCAGGCUGUGCCAGCUCGAUCCAGUUCGUCGAGGUGGUUUCGGUUUAACAAUAAAUACGUUUGUUAUUUCGGGCGUGACUGUGAAUAUUCGUCAAGUCCUCCCGCCUUCCCCCCUCCGUUUUAUACGUUGGGAGCUGCUCUGCAUUCCUGCUACACAAUGUUGAGCAAAUCGGCCAAAUUGGCCCUCGGUGCCCAUACCGCGGGGAUCUACGCCGACAUGUCGAUCGAUGGGCCUGAAAUCGGCACCUUGGUCGCGAUCAUCGAUCGUGCAAAGAAUCUACCCAAUAGGAAGACCAUGGGAAAACAAAACCCAUAUUGUGCCUGUCGUCUUGCAAAGGAGGCAAAGAAAACGGAUACAGAUAUGAGAGGAGGACAGACGCCAAAAUGGGACCAAGAGCUCCGGUUCACUGUACACCAGUCCCCAGACUACUAUCAGUUGAAGGUCUCUGUUUUCAAUGACGACAAAAAGACAGAUCUGAUCGGAGAAACGUGGGUUGACCUCAAGGGAGUCAUUAUUCCUGGAGGAGGUCAGAGUGAUUCAUGGCAUAAUCUCAACUGCAAGGGCAAAUAUGCAGGCGAGAUCAGGAUUGAAUUAACAUAUUACGAUACUCGACCGAAAGAUGAAGCCGUUGUGGAGCGUCGGAAGGAGGUGAAGAAAGUAGAGGCUAGGAGUCAAACAAAUUCCUCCAUCUCUGGCCCUCGACAGUCUAAACCACCGAAGAGGCGACCAUUGCCCGCCGAUCCGACGGGUUCCACCCCCGCUCGACCCUCGUCGGUGGACGUCGGGGCUACCUCGAAAAAGGAACACGCUGCUUCCACUCCUUCUCGGCCUUCAGCCUCAGAAACCCAACCAACAUCCCCGCUUAAAACUUCACGCAGGAGUGAGGCCCCGGAUGACUCUCAUCAGUAUCGGGCACCCAACGAACUCUAUGCCCCCGCCCAGAGUUCUGCUCCUGUCCGCCAGGACCAUCAUAAUUCUGACCGUUCAUACUCCCAUGGCCCCGGACAGCAGGGUUACCAAACCGCCCCCGAUAAUCCGUAUCCACCGAGACAGGACCAUGCCACGCAUCGCCAGGUAUACUACGCUGAGUCAAACAUAGAGCAGUCGGCUCCCGCUCUUCAUCCUUAUCAGAGUGAGCUCCAGAAUUCCCAUCCGCCAAGGCAGGACCAUCUUCCAAGCCAUCAAGUAUAUUACACUGACCCAAACUUGGAAAAAUCGACUGCUGCCCAUCAAUCCUGCCAAGGAGAACUCCAGGUUUCUGACCCGCCUCCACGUGUAUCGACGUCCGUACGUCAGUCUCAAAAUUAUCCUAACGAUCUUCGGACCGGUAUUCCUUCGACAACAGAUAUCUAUCAUCAUCGGGACUCGUAUAAUCAACCUGCCCCAUCCUCUAUGCCACAAGAGGAUCUUUAUCCAACUUCAGAGUACGGAUAUGACCACCAACAGCCACCUACUGAUCCCUACCCGGAACAACCUGGUCACUCCUACGCGGUCGAUCAAUACCAGGCAUACUCUCAAAAUUCCUACGAAACACCUUCUCGUCACAAUAAUCGCCAGAUGGCGACCCCUGAGCAUCGGCAAAAUUCAUACCCACCGCCCUCUAAGGGCUCACCGCACGGGCCCUUAGAAGUUCAGAGCUAUGGCGCACCAGACCAUCCACAGCAACUUGCACUGAAUUCUGGCGAACGGCGUGGCCAGCAUCACUAUUACAAUUCUGCAUCAAAAACGGACUGCUUUAAGGAUAGUCCGUUGCGCCAAUCCGUAAGCCAAGCUAAUUAUCACCAUCAUCAUCAAUACCUGCAGCCUGAUGGUGAUGACGACGACGACGAUGAUGAUGGCCCACCCCCUCCUCCUCCCGUGCAUCGUGAUGGCCUGGGACACUCCUCGAUGUCGGAGCAUUUCAUGAGCGACCCACAACCCAUGCCAGAGCCCCUGAAUAUCACCCCUAGGUCUUCUCCCCAGCCAAUUGAGAAGCAAUCCGAGUAUAUCGCGUAUCGUCCGAAAUAUUCAGAUUCGGGUUGUAAUUCUGAAGCGGAACAAGUUUAUUCUACAUCACCCGCACCGUCAUAUCGUACUGCUGUUCAGGAAAGGGGUUAUCUGCAGGAGAGACCGAUGACAUCCGGGAGCGAAUCUGUUCCUUCAUCUCUAGUUGCUGGUUAUGACCCUGGCUUGGCCAAAGAACCUGAUCGAAUGCAUUAUGAUAAUCGCCACGUCCGUCGACAAAGUAAUAUUCCCACCCAAUCAUCAACAAUAACACAGGCCGUGCGCUCGUCUCCGGUUGACAUGCCCGAGAGAAGGUCUCCAAGAACAGUUGUGGAUCCACGCCAAAUCCCAGCUCGUAAAUCAGUUAGCCCUCACCCCCCUCCUCCGACUGACCCCGACUCUUUAUCUGGAAUCCCGUUUUCUCCUGAUUCGUACGACGUUAUUAACCCAAAUGCCUCCCUUGCGUCGGGCGUGGAGCAACCUGCUCCUCCAUACGAAAAUGUUGAGCAAGCUAUGGAGGCGGCUCGUCAAUAUGAAGUUGAUAAAUUGCGUGCUUUGGGUCCAAUAAUUGGGAAUGAUGGCCGUACCAUUGACCCAUCUGACCAUCUUCCUGCGGAUACCUGGGCUCCCGAGCCGGUGAGAAAGCAAAAGAAGCCCGAAGUUGUUGUCCGGUUCAAACACGCCCCGGCUUCUAGCAUCACCAGUGGCCACUCGUCGUCUGCGGAUCGAGAACGACAGCCUCGCCCUAGGUCAGUAGUUGCACCUGGCCAUUCCUAUCAGCAUUGUCCCCCUGUUUAUGGAACAGAAUCACACCCACCCAGCCGUGGUAGGCUUCAAAAGGCUUCUAUGCGGCCUCAAUCUUAUAUUCAGCCAAGUCCAAGCGCAAGGGACCCGUCGCCAAGACCUAACCACGGUCUUAGAGAACGUGACGCUCUGGUUGCUUACAACCAUUACUCGAGCAAUCCAAGUGCCCCGUCACACUACAACGGUUGUGCGCCACCACCUUAUAGCGAUUCUUCGCCUUCCUCAGCUUCCCGAUAUUCAUCUUCAGUCGUUUCACACCGUUAUCAUUCUUCUGGUCCUCCGAUCCCCGCCAAGGUUCCGAUCCAACCCGGGUCUCAAACCUAUAUGGAUACACCAUCCGGCCAUGGACAUUUUGACGCCCUGAGUGAAGAGAUGAAACGGAUUGAUAUCGGUGUUGGCAAGGGUGGUCGCAAAGGCCGUACAUCAUUUAUUGGGGGAUAUGGUCGGUAAUUUCUAGAAUCUUUCCGUUAUGCAUGAUGAAUUUGGUGUUUUUGUUUGAUAACCACCAUCUGGAUGCUAUGGGUUUAGCUUGAAAAGAUAAGAAAUAUUUUUGAGAAGCAGAGGUGGCGCUACUUGGUUUGACUAGUUCUACAUGUCUUGCAUGUUCCCUGGGGCAAUGUUUCCUCAUCUUUGUGGUUGCUUAAUAACUACGUGCGAAGGAUUAGAAGAGGAUAGUAAGGGGCAUAUCUAACACAUUAUGUCAACGAAAAAGGGUAACUAAUAUUCCCUUUUAACUGUGUUUUACUCAUGAUCAUUAUACAUUCUAUACAUUACACCAUCAUA